AUGCACUUCCUUUCCGCCCUCGUCGCUACUACGGCCGCGUUCGCCGUCCCUGCCCUCGCGGGGCCUCUCCCUGAGGAUGUUGCCCCCACCAAGAUAGAGGCUCGCGCUCCGUUCGUCACCUGCCGCCCCACGCUCGCCGGCACGAACACCGUCAAGCCCUACCGGGUCGACGUGGCCCGCGCCCAGUCGCAGGCCCGCGUCGCCGGCCUGAAGGAGGGCAUUAGCGGCGACCCACACCGCUACUUCAACGGCGACAACCUCCGCUUCGGCGUAACCAACUGCGACAAGGCCGGGUCCAUCCUGCUCGAGUACCCCAUCUACUGGGUCGGCAAGAACGGCGACUGGCAAAAGGACGUCAAGACGGAAAAGCAGCCCGGCGGCGCCACCCCGAUCCGCACCGUCUACGCCAACGUCAACGGCGCUAUCAUCUUUUGCGGCGUCAUGACCCAUUCCAGCGUCACGGCCGAAAACCAGGGAACUCAGAGGUUCCAGCGGUGCACCUAG